AUGACAGACAGCUAUAGGGCUCAGACGCGGGUGAUUGCCAUCCGACAGCAUCGGGGCUGGAACACGCACCAGUACAAGCGUUUUCUCGCUGCCGUGGUGGACGAGGGAAAAGAACUCAUCUACGGCGACAAGUACUGGAAACAACAGGAGAAGCCCGAAGCCGUGCUGUGGCGCAAUUUGCCGGACAUGGUCGUCCGACAGAUACUCGCUGAACUACGCAAGAACCUGGCCAACGAUGAUAUAGAGCGCAGAAUGCCGCUCGAUGACAUGAUCCUCCGCUGGAAGCUCCUCCCUUGGCUGCGCGACCACCCGAGAAGGACCAGCGCGCAGAAAGCGCCCGAGUCCGGACCGCCUCGGGCGCGCCAUCAGAGGCCAAAUGCCAAUCUUCAGGCGCCCGGCGCCUCACACAAGCAGCCCACUGCAGUCUCCCAGCCAAAAGCGUCAGGAGUAGAAAGUCGCGACGGUGACUCCACCACUCCCAGAUUGGAUGACCACGCACAACCCACCAUGGCCUCUCCUCUUCCAACCGACUCCGGCCGUGGUCCCUCACACCGGUAUUUUGAUCCCGUGCUGGAUGCUAUAAACUCUUUGGGGAGGAAUGACCCCGCCGCUGCUAAUGCAUCAUGGCACGGCGAACGGACUACCUGA